GCACGCACCACGUCGUUUUUAAUUCUUUAAACAGUAAAACGACAGUAUCUCUACUCCCUAUCCCCACUACUCUGCCCUUUUUUCCAAGCACAUAACACAGACCGCUCCUCUCUAUCCUACCAAAAAAGAAAAGAAUUUUUUGACCGUUGCAAACCUUCCCCUUCAGGCUUCCCAAAAAAGGCAGGAAAAUCAGCUCCCCUAAAACACUCUUUGAAACCAAAGGGGAACCUUUUUUCCAGCUCUUCCAUUUCUCAACUUCUUUUCUGAAAACAAGAGAAACCCAUUUUUCUCAAGCACUCAAAGCUUCAGAAAGAUCAAAGAAACACCUGAAAAUGGAUUCACCGCAAAGGAGAAAAAGUGGUCUAAACCUCCCUGCUGGAAUGAAUGAAACUUCACUUCGGCUGGAAACUUUUUCGGGUUCUUCUUCUUCGUUUCGUACAGUUUCGAUAUCUUCACCACGGAUGAUAUCGAGUUUAACUUCACCAUCAUCGUCAAAAUCAUCAACUUGUAGCGAUAGGUUUAUUCCAUGCAGAUCUUCUUCAAGGCUACACACUUUUGGGUUGAUAGAGAAGGAGUCACCGGCUAAAGAAGGAGGAAAUGAAACGUAUUCCAGGAUUCUGAGAUCUGAACUUUUUGGUUCUGAUUUUGGUUCUUUUUCUCCUGCAGGUCAAGGUUCACCUAUGAGUCCUAACAAGAACAUGUUAAGGUUCAAGACUGAGCAUUCUGGACCUAAUUCUCCGUAUUCUCCUUCCAUUUUGGGCCAGGAUAGUGGGUUCUUUAGUGAGGCCUCUACUCCUCCCAAGCCUCCACGGAAAGUGCCCAAGACCCCCCAUAAGGUCCUGGAUGCGCCGUCACUUCAAGAUGACUUCUAUUUGAACCUGGUUGAUUGGUCAUCACAGAAUGUACUUGCAGUUGGGUUGGGUACUUGUGUUUAUCUAUGGACUGCAUCAAAUAGCAAAGUAACAAAGUUGUGUGAUUUGGGGCCAAAUGACAGUGUGUGUGGUGUCCAAUGGACCCGGGAAGGUUCUUACAUAUCCAUUGGUACAAAUCUUGGUCAAGUUCAGGUAUGGGAUGGAACUCAGUGCAAGAGGGUCAGAACCAUGGGCGGCCAUCAAACAAGAACUGGUGUCUUGGCUUGGAAUUCACGAAUCCUAUCAUCAGGUAGCCGGGAUCGCAACAUACUUCAGCAUGAUCUUCGAGUUUCAAGUGACUAUGUCAGCAAGCUUGUUGGACACAAAUCUGAGGUUUGCGGGUUGAAAUGGUCACAUGAUGACCGAGAGCUUGCAUCAGGUGGAAAUGACAAUCAGCUGUUGGUCUGGAACCAGCAUUCCCAGCAACCAAUUCUUAAAUUGACAGAACACACGGCUGCUGUCAAAGCCAUUGCUUGGUCACCCCACCAGAGCAACCUUCUUGCAUCAGGUGGUGGAACUGCUGAUCGAUGUAUCCGCUUUUGGAACACUACCAAUGGUCAUCAAUUGAACAGCAUAGACACAGGGAGCCAGGUAUGCAAUCUAUCAUGGAGUAAGAAUGUGAAUGAGCUAGUUAGCACUCAUGGAUAUUCUCAAAAUCAGAUUAUGGUAUGGAAGUAUCCAUCAAUGGCAAAGGUUGCAACUCUAACCGGCCAUAGUCUUCGAGUCCUCUACCUUGCUAUGUCGCCCGAUGGACAGACCAUAGUGACUGGAGCAGGGGAUGAGACUUUGAGGUUUUGGAAUGUCUUCCCAUCUGUGAAAACACCAACACCGGUCAAAGAUACAGGACUCUGGUCAUUAGGACGAACCUACAUUCGAUGACACUUGAAUUUUUUGUAAAUGGAAACACUGCCAUAAAAGCAAUCAAGGGAAAGAAUUUACAAAGGGAUUUUUCUUUUCUAUUUUCAUAAAAAUAGAAAAGGGAUAGGAUUUGAAUGUAUCUUUGUAUAUUUUUGUUUCAUUUUCUGAUAUUUGUAAGUAAUCAUAGCUUUACAUUGUUUAAUUGACACACGAGGAAACAAGGAAAGAAUUGGAAAUUUUCACUAUUUUGCA